AUGGCGCUCUCCGACCUCUCCCACGACUCGCUCCUCCCCGGCUUCCUCUACUCCCUGCGCUCCUUCGCAGCCGCCUCAGCGCGCUUCCCCUCCUCCCCGUCGCCCUACCAGGCGCCCGCCGCGGCCCCGGCCGCCGGCCUUGUCGGCGCUGGUGGGGUCGGAGGCAGCAUGCCCUUCUCGGUCCACGGGCCCAACGAGAAGAUCAUCAUGUACUCGGCGGCCUUCUGCGCCACCUGCAGCAUCGGGGGGAUCGACAGCUGCGGGCUCACCCACAUGGCCAUCACCCCGCUCGACCUCGUCAAGUGCAACAUGCAGGUGAGGAUGUGCUUGCUGUGCUUUGUUAGGAAUUGGUGA